AUGUCCGCCGCAGCCGCAGCCGCCAUAUCUCAGCCCAUGUCCGCCGCCGGAAAGCCCAUGUUCAACUCCCCCGGCCUCUCUCUUGCACUACAAACGGGUAUGGAGGGCGGCGGGCAAGGAGAUCACCAACUGGGUGCAAGAAAUAUCGGGGAGAAUGGUAAUUAUGAGAAUAUUGGUGGUGUGAAUGGCGUGGGGAGGGUUAGAAGCCGGGAUGAGUUGGAGGUGGAGAGCAGAUCUGGUAGUGACAACAUGGAUGCCGGCUCCGGUGACGACCACGACGGCGGCUCCGACAAGCCUCCCAGGAAGAAGAGAUACCACCGACACACUCCUCAACAAAUCCAAGAACUCGAAGCUCUGUUCAAGGAGUGCCCUCAUCCAGAUGAGAAGCAGAGGCUGGAGCUCAGCAGAAGGCUUUGCUUGGAGACCAGGCAAGUCAAGUUUUGGUUUCAGAACAGAAGGACUCAGAUGAAGACCCAAAUCGAGCGUCACGAGAACUCCAUCCUCCGGCAAGAAAACGACAAGCUCCGGGCCGAAAACAUGACCAUAAAGGACGCCAUGCGGAAUCCCAUCUGCACCAACUGCGGUGGGCCCGCCAUGAUCGGCGAGAUAUCCCUCGAGGAGCAGCACCUCAGGAUCGAGAACGCCCGACUGAAAGACGAGCUUGACCGCGUUUGUGCCCUUGCCGGCAAGUUCCUGGGCCGGCCCAUUUCUUCCCUGGGCCCGCCCAUCCCCAGCUCGAGCCUUGAGCUUGGUGUCGGCAGCAAUGGGUUCGGGGGCCUGAACAUGCUCUCCUCGACCCUUCCUUUGGGCCCGGGACUGGGUCCAUCUGACUUCUUGGGCCCUCUGCCGCCCGUGAUGCCGCAUCAGGGGAAAAGUGUGGUGGGUAUGACGCCGAUCGAACGGUCUUUGGAGAGGCCGAUGUAUCUGGAGCUUGCGCUGGCGGCUAUGGACGAGCUAGUGAAAAUGGCUCAGACUGACGAGCCCGUUUGGAUCGGGGGCUUGGAAGGGGGAAGGGAUGUUUUGAACCGUGAAGAGUAUUUGAGGAUGUUCAGCCCUUGCAUUGGGAUGAGGCCUAAUGGGUUUGUGAGUGAGGCAUCAAGAGAGACCGGCAUGGUUAUCAUCAACAGUUUGGCGUUGGUUGAGACGUUAAUGGACUCGAACAAAUGGGCAGAGAUGUUUCCAUGUAUUAUUGCAAGAACCACCACUACAGAUGUGAUCUCGGACGGUAUGGGAGGAACAAGAAACGGUGCACUUCAGCUGAUGCACGCCGAGCUACAAGUUCUAUCACCAUUGGUUCCCGUUCGAGAGGUCAAUUUUCUCCGGUUUUGCAAGCAGCAUGCAGAGGGCGUUUGGGCCGUGGUCGACGUGUCGAUCGACACCAUCAUCCGGGAAGCUUCCAACGGCGGGCCCACAUAUCCGAGCUACCGGAGGCUCCCCUCAGGCUGUGUGGUACAAGAUAUGCCCAACGGGUAUUCCAAGGUCACAUGGGUUGAACACUCGGAAUACGACGAGAGCCAAGUCCACCACCUCUACCGCUCCUCCAUUGCCGCCGGCCUCGGUUUUGGCGCCCGCCGGUGGGUCGCCACUCUCCAACGCCAGUGCGAGUGCCUCGCCAUACUCAUGUCCUCCGUCCCUUCCCGUGACCCUUCUGCCAUCACAGCUGGCGGGCGGCGGAGCAUGCUGAAGCUGGCCCAGCGCAUGACCAACAACUUCUGCGCGGGAGGCAUGGACUCGAACCAGAACAGCAUGCUGAUACUGCAGGAGACGUGCAUAGACGCGUCGGGUUCGCUCGUGGUGUACGCCCCGGUCGACAUCCCGGCAAUGCACGUCGUGAUGAACGGCGGGGACUCCGCCUACGUGGCGCUGCUCCCCUCUGGAUUCUCGAUCGCCCCAGACGGGCAGCAUGGGGACGGGCCCAGCAGCGACGAUGGGCCGCCUCAGGCCCACAGGUCUUCUGUUGGGUCUCUGUUGACCGUGGCCUUCCAGAUCCUGGUGAACAGCUUGCCCACGGCCAAGCUCACGGUGGAGUCCGUGGAGACUGUCAACAACCUAAUCUCGUGCACAGUUCAGAAGAUCAAGGCCGCCCUUCAGUGCGACGGCUGA